AUAACCCAACGCUUUCCCAUUUUUCGCAAAGAAGAUCCACCAGACUCGCCCCUCUUUAUAUUCUUCACGCAAACCUACUACCCACCAACCGUCCCGAUGGCCACUGCCGCCGCAAAAUCCGUCGCCACCACCGCCACUCCUGCAUCCGUCACCGUCGCCGCUAAUUUAAUCACAGAACCGAACCCUAAGAAAAAUAUUCCAGCAUCCACGCAUAUAUCAGAUCCUCCUACAACCGUUCCCCGUUCCAAUGCUGAAGGAACUGUAAAGGGAAUCGAAGAUUCGAAGACCACGGGGACUACUGCGGGAUCUGUCGCAGGGGAUACCAGCGUUCCCGUUUACGAUAUCCAGAAGAAGAUUCGCCGAGCCGAGCGGUUCGGCGUGCCUGUCCAGUUGUCCGAGAAAGAAAAGCGUAAUUCUAGGGCAGAGAGGUUUGGCAUUGCACCCAGCUCAAAGGGAUCAGAAGCAUUGAAGCAAUCAGAGGUGGUGAAGAGGAAGGCUAGAGCAGAGAGGUUUGGGCUUGAUGUACCCUCUACAGCUGUUGAUGAGGCAGAGAAAAAGAAAGUUCGUCUUGCCCGAUUUGCACCAUAUGCCAAACCUGAUACAGUGGAAGGAGAAAAAAGAAAAGCUAGGGCAAUAAGAUUUUCGAAUCCUCCAUCAAGUUCUUUGGCCCAGGUAAAUGACAAGGGGAAUAUUGAACCAGAGGCUCCAAUUGCUGGAAAAGCUGGUGGAGGUCUCUAAAUAGAAAUUACCGUAGUUAAAAGGUUCAGUGUCCUAACAGCGCCUGAUUCUCUUGAUGCUUCUUACAGUGUUUUUUUCUAACAUCAAAAUUCUAGGAGCAGUACUCCUUCUCCAGAUGAAUUUCCAUAUCAGUGGCAAGGCAUUUUUGGCAGUUUGAAAGGUGUUUUAUGGUAUCUAUUCCUUUGGUGAGGCCUUUUGGAAUCAACAACAACCUGGAGUGUUCACCUAUCUCAAAUCUUACAAAGAGUACUGGAAACUCUGGAGUAAUGGCUAGAAAUUUUCUAGUUUUCCAAGUUAGAUAAUUUAAUUAUGGAGGUGGUUAUUAGAAUCAACUUAAAAAUUAAUGAGUUCUGUUUCUUACACUGUUUUAAGUUAUAAAGUAUCAUCAAGUGUGAGACAGCAGUAGUAAUCAUAUUGAGUCUGACAUUUAUUUCCAUGGGUUAAAAUAGGAAAUGAUAUAUGCUUCUUAGGAAUUCUUUUCUACUUCUCAUUUUUCUAGUGGUACUCUUACUGUUUUUAAUAUGUUAAGGCUUGUAGGGUUUUUAAUAUGGUACUUUUUUUAUGUAUUUAGAUUAGUUUCUUUUGAGGAAGUCUGUAGUCUGAGAGUUGGUAAGGGUGUUAAUCUUUAGUCUUUAAAUAAGAUUGUUUUUGUUGAUUUGAUCUCUUUUUCAUCUUAUAGAUUUGAACAUUUUCCUUUUACUAAAAAAAGAAUCAAAUAAAAACCAUUUGUUAGAUAUGCGCAUGAGCAUGCUUCUUAAUCGAAGUGAUAGUUUGCAGGCUUGCAUGCAUAUGCUUACUAUGUGUGAUGACUGGCAUUGGUUCAACUUAAGUUGAUGGUAUAUUUCUAUUACAAAUUGUCGUUGUGAUGUUUUGUUAUGGAUAUGUUACAUCUUCUGUUCGGCAUUCGAUAACGAGAGAAAUGUUGAAAAUUGGCAAUGCUUUUAUAAUAUGAUGAUUGCUUACGAACAAUAUUUCUAUAGGUAAAAACAUUUGGCUGAGCCUGUUACUUCAGAAUCUCAGGAUUUUUCUGAUGAUGUAUUUGAGAUGAGUGAACACUUGUCUUUUAGGUGAUUGGUAGCUUCCAUUGGUCUCACCAAGUGAAUUGGGUAAUCUCUGCAAGGUAAUUUGUGCUGGAAGUGAAGCUGUUUGUUUAAUCAAUGUUUUCCUCAGUUUGCUUGUUUACUUGUUUGGUCAUGUAAUUUUAUUUUGUUUAUUUAUCAACAAUAUUUAGAUUUGGAAUUU